ACCUCACAACUUUUCAAAACAUUUUCAACAGUGCAGAAGUUCAAUUAACUUUUCACUUUUCAGUCACUAUUUUGUCAAAUUAUUUCGAUAAAUACGAAUUUAACAAGUGUAUAGUGGCUUAGAUAUUUGCGGGAUGUUAGUUUUGUGAUAGUUUUCAAUAUGUUUGAAUUCUUGAGUCUUAUUUUCCUUAUAUCUGUGGUUUCUUGCGUUGGUGGAGCUAGUAUUAGCCAAGCUGUCCCUUCUUCUUUCUCGAACGAGCAACAAAUUAUUAAGUCUCACACGAUUUCAGACUUGGUUUCAAGUGCAUGGAAAGACUUUCAUUCGAGUAUGAAUAAGACAUGGCAAAGGGUAAAAUUGAUGGCCGGAAUGCAAGAAACAAAUGGGACUAUACAAGACCUUCAAGACAGCAUGGGCCAGGACUCACCACAGGUUACUACUGAAAAAACAACUACUCAUCUAGAACUACAAGUCUAUUCUGCUGAAUUCACCAACAACAAAACAACAAAUGACUCUUUUCUAACCAACACAGAAGUGACUACUGAUGAAACCAAGAGCAACAAUGAUGAGUGUGAAGAGCAAAGUUGUUUGACUUGGAGAGUUUUGAAAAUUCUAGGCACUGCUGUUGGUGUUGGCUUUAUUGUCAGCAUUUUUUCCCCAGUUUUGUUCUACUUCAUAAUAUUAAACAUUGGAUACCUAUGCUAUGGAAUCACAUUUCUGGCCUUAGCACUUUCAUGUAAAGCUGAUAAAGGAAGCCAGAUUGGUCAAAAACUUUUAACAGCAUGUCAAGAAAUAGGUGGCUCCUCUUUACAAAAUAUGUUUUUUCCCUUUCCCAUUUUUCUUUCUUGGCUGGGAUCUGCAAGCAUUAUUGGAUGGCUUGUUUGGCCUUAUUUCUGAAAAGGGGCUUUACAAAAUUAUUGUGUACAAUUUUACCUUGAUAAGUUUAUUUAUACCCACAACCUGCAUUCUUUAUUAUUUCCAUUUAGACAGAUCUGUGAUUCUGUGUUGUAAUCCCACAAAUUUCAUUUAUUCAUUGUCAUUCACUCGUUUCCGUGAAAUGCCUUGUUUUAAGCGGCAAAUAAAGCAAGGGAAACCAUG